AGAACGUUUCGAGGAACGACCGGAGUGAAGGCUUGACGACAUCACUGCUGCAGCCUAGACAUUGAGAAGCCCAAUUCGAUUGAAACGCUGCUCUUUUUGGCGCGAGGUCAUCUUCGGAAUUUCUUCAAGUGGCCUACAGUACAGUGUGGUGAGUUACCUGCCCAUUCCUAGCAAUGCCGCCUCCUUGCUCUCUCCUGUGCCGCCUGGCCACGCUUCUCUGUGUGUGGGCACUUUGCCAGGCCCAGUUGGAUACCAAACUACCCCCUGGCACCCCCAUCAUCCAGCUGCGUCUGGCAGGGGACAAACACAAGCACUACGAGGGCCGGGUUGAAGUCUACUAUAAUGGAGAGUGGGGCACGGUGUGCGACGAUGACUUCUCCAUCCAUGCAGCCAACGUCGUGUGCAGGGAGCUGGGCUUUGUGGAGGCUGUAUCCUGGUCUCCUUCUUCCAAGUAUGGCAAGGGAGAAGGUCGGAUCUGGUUGGACAACGUCCACUGUUCGGGACUAGAGAGAACCCUGGCCCAGUGUGAGUCCAAUGGCUUCGGAGUUUCCGACUGCAAACACUCUGAGGACGUGGGAGUGGUGUGUAGCCAGAGACGAAUCGCCGGCUUCAAAUUCAUCAGUACCCUCACCAACAAUGUGGAAAGUCUGAAUGUCCAGGUGGAAGAUGUGCGUAUCCGGGCCAUCUCCUCCCAGCGUAAAAGGGUUCCCAUGACGGAGGGCUACCUGGAGGUGAAGGACGGGGGGAAGUGGAGACAGAUCUGUGACUUGGAGUGGACUGAGAUGAACAGCCGGGUCAUCUGUGGGAUGUAUGGCUUCCCUGGAGAGAAAAGAUACAACACUAAAGUCUACAAGCUGCUGUCCAAGCGCAGGAAGAAGAACUACUGGGGCUUCGGGGUGAACUGCACGGGGAACGAGGCCAGCCUGCAUGGCUGUAAGCUGGGCCACAAGGUGGAGCUGAGGGGGAAUGCCACCUGUGAGAAGGGCUUGCCCGUGGUGGUCAACUGUGUUCCAGGACGGGCCUUUGCUCCCAGCCACGCCCAGGGCUUCAGCAAGGCCUACAGGGUGGAGCAACCCCUGGUGCGCCUGAGAGGCGGGGCCAACAUAGGGGAAGGGCGAGUGGAAGUGCUGAAAAAUGGUGAAUGGGGCACCGUCUGCGAUGAUAGCUGGAACCUGGAGGCAGCCACCGUGGUGUGUCGAGAACUGGGCUUCGGUAGUGCCAAGGAGGCCCUCGCUGGAGGCAAACUGGGACAAGGAAUGGGCCCGGUCCAUAUGAAUGAGGUGAAGUGUUCUGGCUUUGAGAAAUCCCUCACUGAGUGUUACUUCAAUAGAGAUGCCCUGGGCUGCAGUCACGAGGAGGACGCUGCAGUUCGAUGUAAUGUUCCUGCCAUGGGCUUCCAGAACAGACUGCGUCUGAGCGGUGGGCGGAACCCAUUUGAAGGGCGUGUGGAGGUGCUGGCGGAGAAGAACGGCUCGUUGGUGUGGGGUACGGUGUGCAGUGACAGCUGGGGUACCAUAGAGGCUACAGUCGUGUGCAGACAGCUGGGUCUCGGUUUUGCCAACAACGCCUUCCAGGAGACGUGGUACUGGCCAGGAGACGUGAGUGCUGAUGACGUGGUGAUGAGCGGGGUCAGGUGCUCGGGGACAGAGAUGACUCUGGCCCAGUGCCUCCAUCAUGGGAAACACCUCGACUGCCCCCGAGGGGGAGGACGCUUCGCUGCUGGAGUCUCCUGCUCUGAGACGGCCCCAGACUUGGUUCUAAACGCCCAGGUGGUGGAACACACCACGUACCUGGAGGACCGGCCCAUGUACAUACUGCAGUGUGCCAACGAGGAGCACUGUCUGUCCAGCAGCGCCGCCGCCGCCACAUCGUCCUCCUACCGCCGCCUGCUGCGCUUCUCCUCCCAGAUACACAACAACGGACUGACAGACUUUCGCCCCAGGGCCGCACACAACUCCUGGAUCUGGCACGAGUGUCACAGGCACUACCACAGCAUGGAGGUGUUCACCCACUAUGACCUACUGAGCCUCAACGGCACCAAGGUGGCAGAGGGACACAAGGCCAGCUUCUGUCUGGAGGACACCCAAUGUGAAGAGGGUAUUGAGAAGAGGUACGAGUGUGCUAACUUCGGGCAGCAGGGCAUCACUGUUGGGUGCUGGGAUACGUACAGGCACGACAUUGACUGUCAGUGGAUAGACGUGACAGACGUUGUGCCAGGAGACUACAUCUUCCAGGUUGUGAUCAACCCAAACUUUGAGGUAGCAGAGUCCGACUACACCAACAACGUUAUGAAGUGCAGGUGUCGAUACGACGGCCACAGGAUAUGGAUGUACAACUGUUAUAUAGGUGGCUCAGUGAGCUCCGAGUCAGAGGAAUCCUCUUUCAGUGGCCUCGUGAAUAACCAGCUGGGACACAGAUAGUGUGGACGGACUCAAUGGAAAGACCAGGAGGAACAUUUUAUUUUGCGAAACUGAUGAAUGACCGACCAGCAAGACUGUUGUGAAAUGACCAACCGCUAGAGGGAGACGUUGUGCCGUCUGUUCCCUCCCUAACGGUGCUGAAUGAAAAUAGAAAAGCAAAGCUCACCUCAGUGCCAACGUUUUAUAUAAGGACGUUGCAGACGAAAAAAACCCUGUUUUAAAGAUCCAGCUUGAAGAAGCAACUCUGUCUUUACUGUUCUCACAAAUUUCUGUCACAUGUACAGCAGAGUGCUGGUGCUAUCAAAUCAGAGCUAUUUUAGUUACCUGUACCCAACCUUUGUGGUCCACUGUAAGGAAAGUGAUAUUUUUCGACACCUGCUGCACUUUGAGACAGUGUCCUGUAUUGUUUAUUUCAUUUUUUUUAGGACAAUGUGUUGAGCAGGCAAUUAACUAUGCACCUAUGAACACUAGCGUAACGCUAGUCCCAUGCUGUCCCCAGAGUAGUGCUGAGCGAUUAACUGAAGUCUUAUUUUUCGGUUUUUAAACAACAACAACUGACGUUGAAUCAAUUAUUUGUAUUUCAUUUAGUUACGUUAUUUUUCCUGUAAGCUCAAUGCACACAGUUUCUCUAAAGAUAAAUCAGAUCCGUUCUGUGUUUCUGUUAUGACUGCGACACAAGAGAGAAGAAUGCGCGAUCAUUAAGGGAUAUAGAGAGCCGCUGUUGUUCCGUGAGGUAAACACAUGAUCUAAGUGGUUGAUAGUUGGUAUUCAGCCGUCAUAAAAGUGUGCCUCGUUUCAUUUGAAGAACUGCAAAAUAGUGAUUUCUUUUCAGACAGCAUUAGGCAGCAGCUCUUUAGAGAUGAGAUGACUUGGAAUUAAAUAAUAUAUUCAUUAAAAAAAUGUAAUAUACACCACAACUGAAAUAUUUUAUUAAAGUAAUGUGAAUAAAUGAUGGUUAGUAAUUGAUAAGCAGUAAUGGGCAGUCUACCAUCAUGGGACUUUUAUUCAUUGUUUUAUUCUGUGUAACAGCAUUCAACCCACAAUGCAUAUUGCAUUGAAUGUUUUUAAAAAUGAGCAAAACUGAUUAUUUUUUAAAUAAUUUAACCGAAACCGAACAGACCUCCAAAAUCACUAAUCGCUCAGCACUAUCCCAGAGCUUCCUAUACAGUUAGUCUCUUUCCUUAAAAGUGUUGAGGCCGGCAAUUAAGGAGAUUGAGAGGCUCAAAUACAGAUGUGCUUCUGUAACAACUUUCUUCUGCCCAGUUUCCCCUGAUGUCGCCACGACAAUCAAGAUCUCUUUUUACCAUCCCUGUAACUGUCGCUUCUGCGGAGAUUGUUUACUAAACUAAAACUCAUAGAACUACCUAAGAAGCAUUAGACUUGUUGGAGGGUUACUGUCAAAACUAUUUAUUCAAUAAAUAAAUAGACAUGGAUGACAGACACGUGGGCCACCAGUGCACGUGCCUAUGAGGUGGGGGUGGGGAAAGUAGCGGAAUAGUCUUACAUCCACUGAGAAUAUUAUUUGCGAGUCUGUGGCGUGAUAAUGUGGUAGAAGCCAUUGUGAAUAUAAAAUAAGGAAGAACUGAUUGUUUUCUUGCUGUACGGUAAUCACUAAGGAUAUGGCAGUAUUAUUACAACCAUACAGCUACCACUAAGGAGAAACUUUCCCCCCCUCUCAUCAAACCUGCAUUUUUACGUCUCUAAAGAGGCAAUGAGCAUUUAAGGCAGAAUCCCCAAGUUAAAAUGUACACAAACUUCUGUCCACAUUGGCGACAAACAGCAUGAUUUAGGUGAAAGGGAGUAAGUUAUUCAUAAUUUGUGUUGGGAUUCUGCCUCAAGUUAACAGUGUAUCUUGCUUCACCUAAUAUCAACUCUGGCAAUAUAUUUAAUACCUUUCAUCUUAGGAUUCUAAGAUACAUAUACAUUUUAGUCUUAUCACCAUAUUCUGCUCAGCUUAGUUCAUUUUUCAAACAUCCAUUAAAUUAAAUUAUUACCGUCAGGGACUCUUAUGUUUGUUUUCUCAAUUGUACAAGUCACAAAUGACAUGUGAAAAUGCAUCUUUGCAUUCUAUUUUUGUGACACUACAACUACAGGGCCCUUUAUUUUACAAGGGUGCUCUUUACUAGAUGGGUGAUUAUCCUAUACUGUGUACACAGUUGAAUGUUUUAAAGCAUUUUGUGCUUGCUUCAUAUUUUCUCUAAUAAAAAUAAACAAGCAAACCA